AUGCGAAGUUAUCCAUACACCGGUGAGCAGUACAUAAAAUUCUUAGAGUUCAAUAGGUGGCGUCGCUAUCAUGGUCCAAAGGAGUUGUUCAACCAUAGACAUUCUUCUUUGAGGAAUGCUAUAGAAAGAACCUUUGGAGUGUUGAAGCAAUGGUUUCCAUUAUUGAAACACAUGCCACGGUAUGAUAUGGUACGGCAAGGGCCAAUUGUUAUGGCAUGUUAUGUUCUUCACAAUUGGAUCCGGACGGUACAAGAGCAGGAUGAAUUUUUCGAUGUGGAAGAAUCAAGUGAAGAAGAUGAAGGUGAAGGUGGAGGUGAAGGUGCAAGUGAAGUUCAAGGUGAAGUCGGAGUUGAAAAUGUCCACGGAAAUGAAGAUGGAGUAUCAGCUAUGCAACAACACAACCAUGUCAGCAUGUCACGUGAACAACUAUUGCAGAUGGGACAAUGGCGAGAUGAGGUUGCAACAUCUAUGUAG